CCUGCCGAAUCCUAACUGAGGCCCCCCCGACCCCCCCCGAGCCCUACCGGAGCCCUCCGAGCUCUUGUAGUAUGCGGAGGGACGCGGGGCGGAGUGCCCCCGCCACACCGCCAAAAGGACGUGGUGUCGAUUUCGGGGAGGGGGAUGCUUUUACUUGGCGUGGUUCGUGACGAUCGCCUGAGGAACGCGCGUGUUUAUGGCGAUUAAACGCGAGCCGAGCCGAACGCAGCCGAACCUUGCCGAGCGCUGCCGAGCUCAGCCGAACCUUGCCGAGCCCCGCCGAGCCGAGCGCAGCCGAACGGGGCCGGGUUACGCUGUCUGCGGGGCGGCAGCCCGACGCUCCCGGCCCUCGCAUGCCCGCGGGCCGCAGCCAUGCCCCGCGGCCGCCCGGCGCUGCUGGCCGUCGGCGCGCUGCUGGCCUGUGGCCUGCUCCUGCUGCUGCCCGCCGCCCGCCGCCAUGCUCCGGCCCGAGGCCCGGCCAACGCCACGGUGCGGGCGGGAGUGGUGCUGGGUGACCCCGCCGUCGCCUACAGGGAGGCCGCCGGGCCGCGGUUCCUCGCGCCCAGCAGGCCCGACGUGCUGCUGCUGCACGGCCAGGCCUUCACCUCCGGCACGUGGCAGGCCCUGGGCACGCUGGCGCUGCUCGCCGCCGAAGGACACCGCGCUGUCGCCGUCGAUCUGCCCGGCUAUGGGGACUCGCCCCCCGCGGGGACGGUGGCCACGCAGCGGGGUCGGGCGGCCUUCCUGCAGCGCGUCGUGCGGCAGCUGGGCCUGCGGAAGCCGGUCCUCGUCAGCCCGUCCAUGAGCGGCCGCUUCGCCCUGCCCUUCCUCCUGGCACACGGUGAGCAGCUGGCCGGCUUCGUGCCCAUCGCGCCCGUGGGCACGCGGGAAUACACCGCCGCGCAGUACCAACAGGUCCAGACGCCCACCUUGAUCCUGUACGGUGACCGUGACACUGGCCUGGGCCAGCAGGCCCUGCAGAGCCUCCAGCACCUCCCCAGGCACCGCGUGGUUGUGCUGCCCGGCGCCGGCCACGCCUGCUACAUGGACAAGCCAGAAGACUUCCACCGGGCCCUGCUGGGCUUCCUGGGCCAGCUGCAGUGAGCUGGGUGCUGCCGCACUGAGCAGCGGGGCCACGUCUGUGUGCCUGUGCCAUGCUGGGAGGUGGGGAGGCAGCGCGAGGCUGGGGGUGAUUCUCCAGCAGUGCCCUCCUGCAGCAUCGCCUCUCCCUCCUAUGGCUGGGGCCGGGAGGUUCCACGUUCCUAGAACUGUGAAAUCAUGGAAUAUCCCGAGUUGGAAGAGGUGCACAGGGAUCACCGAGUCCGACCGCUGGCUACACACAGGACCACGCAAACACUGAGUCUGAGAGCAACGGUUCAAACGCUCCUUGAGCUCCGGCAGCUUGGGGCUGUGCCCGCUGCCCUGGGGGGCCCGUUCCUGCCCGCCGCCCUCUGGUCGCUUCUCUGAGUUUCAGCAGGACGUUCUGGCAGGGCAGCCCCCCGCUGCCAGGGCUCUGGGCACGCUGCGGUGGUGCUGGCGGGGGGGAGGGCCGCGAGCUGGAAGGAAGGAGCCGCGCGCCGCCUGUCCCGUGGCCAAUAAACACAUCGUGCUCCGGUC